AUGUUUUCCCAGCGCCGGAUCAGGCUUCUGGCCAUUGCCGUGCUGACAUUCGUCAUCAUGGCUUUAUAUUACUCGGGUGACGCACGAGGGGUCCAGAACCAGAAAUUCUACCAAUCUACUGUGGCCGCGAUAGAGGCUCAUAGAGGUGCGAAGAAUUUUGGAACAACCGCAGAAGGUUCGUUGCGGAAAGAGCCUCUCGGCCCGAAACCGGGCAAUGGAGAUUCAAUGAAGCCCGUCACCGAUGAGAUGAAACCCGCCAUUCCCAAGGAUAGCAACGAAGUGACUGAAGAGAUACCCAUAGCGGGUAGGACGAAGAUGACCGUCACCAGGAACCGGAAUGACGCAGAAAAACAGGAACAAGUACCAGUGGUUGACGAACAUGCGGAGGCGAAGGCUGAGCUUAAUAGUAUAUUGAAACGGUCACCCAUUAUUAUUUUCUCCAAGUCCUACUGUCCUCACAGUGCAAGAGCCAAAUCUAUUCUUUUAGGCAAAUAUUCGAUUGUCCCGGCACCUUACGUGGUGGAGCUGGAUCAACACCCGCUGGGGAAAGAUGUACAGACAGUGCUGGCCGAGAAUACAGGCCGUCGCACCGUCCCCAAUGUAUUGGUGAGUGGGAAAAGUAUCGGCGGGGGCGACGAAGUAGCAGCGCUUGAUGAGAAGGACGAAUUGGCAUCGAUCUUGAAAGGGAUGGGCGGCAAGUGGCUCCAAGAGGUGAGCCACAAGGAGACCAGCCAUUAA